AUGUGCAAAGUUUUUAAUUAUCCCAUGACCUUUGACCAAAAGUGUUUGAAACUAAAUAAUCGCUGUCACUUUUCUUUUUACUUAAUAUCCAUUUUCUCUUUUGCAGCAAUUGAUUCUAAUCAAGAACUUACGAUUGAAUUACAUCACUUCCUUGCAUGGCUACAACAUGAACCACAAAGUUUAGUAUGGCUACCAGUAUUACAUCGUUUGGCAGCUGCUGAGGCAGCUAAACAUCAGGCGAAGUGUAACAUUUGCAAAGAGUAUCCCAUUGUUGGCUUCCGUUAUCGCUGCCUUAAGUGUUUCAAUUUCGACAUGUGCCAAAAGUGUUUCUUCUUUGGACGUAAUGCCAAAAAUCAUAAACUUAGUCAUCCCAUGCAUGAAUACUGUACAACGACUACUUCCACUGAAGAUGUUAGAGACUUUACGCGUGCCUUGAAGAACAAAUUCAAAUCACGCAAAUAUUUCAAAAAGCAUCCUCGUGUUGGCUAUUUACCCGUGCAAAGUGUUUUAGAGGGUGAUGCCUUAGAAUCACCUGCACCCAGUCCUCAACAUACUACACAUACUCUGCAAAAUGAUAUGCACUCAAGACUGGAAAUGUAUGCUACACGUUUGGCCCAAGUGGAAUAUGGUGGUGGCACUGGUUCCAACUCCACACCCGAUAGUGAUGAUGAACAUCAACUGAUAGCACAAUAUUGUAUGGCUUUGCCUACAAAUAAUGGUGCUGCUCCCAAGUCUCCCGUACAAGUAAUGGCUGCCAUGGAUGCUGAACAACGUGAAGAACUGGAAGCUAUUAUUCGGGACUUAGAAGAAGAAAAUUCUAGUUUACAGGCCGAAUAUCAACAAUUAUUAACGAAACAGAGUACAACACCCGAUGAGAGCAGCGGCAUGCAACAUUCCAAUUCAUCGGUGGGUGGUUUAGCGCAGGGUGCAAAUGCUCAGGGAGAACAUGGUCAAGACAUGAUGGCCGAAGCUAAAUUACUGAGACAACACAAAGGCCGCUUAGAAUCACGCAUGCAAAUUCUAGAAGAUCAUAAUCGUCAAUUGGAGGCUCAAUUACAACGUUUACGCCAAUUGCUUAAUGAUCCUAAUAAUGGUGCUACCCCCGGUUCGGCUUUAAAUUCAAAACCGAAUACUUUACAAACCCGUUCAGUGACAGCUUCACAACUUAAUACCGAUUCACCAGCUAAAAUGAAUCAACAAAAUGGCCAUUAUGACCAGAACUCAAUGGGUCUUAUGUUGCCCGGCAUGAAUGAUCAUCAUGCAGCUGCUGCUGCAGCAGCUGUUAAUGCUGGCGGCGGUGUUUUAGGAAAGCAUCAUUUAAUGGGUAAUGCCGGUAAUCCUGCAGCUAAUUUACAUAGUUUACAACAACAACAGCAACAACAUCAACGUAAUAUAUUAAGUGGCAAUGGUGGCAUGGAUAUUCAAACGGCAACCGGAAAUCCUGGAGGUUUAAUGAGUGCAUAUUUAACGGAUGAUGGUAGGCCACCACCUCCGCCUCACAACAGCAUGAUGUUGCAACAACAUAAUCAAAGUGGUACGAAUACGAAUGAAAUGCAAUGAAUGAAUUAAUGGUUU